AUGAUUACAAUGAUCUUUCUACUUCUUUUCAUAAUUCAGUGUUUUUGUAGCUCAGAAUCAAAUAUCAUCACCAUAGAUGUUCACAAAGCCAACCAUUUUCUCCGCGAUCGCAACUUCCAUUACCUCGAUGUCAGGACUCGGGAAGAAUUUAUGGAUGGGCAUGUUGAUUUCAGUGAUACACUUAAUAUACCUUAUAUGCUUAACACCCCUCAAGGGAGAGUGAAAAAUAACAACUUCAUAGAACAAGUGCUCCGAUUGUGUAACAAGGAUGAUCAUCUUGUUGUGGGUUGUCAAUCCGGGGUUCGUUCUCUACACGCAACAAAAGUUCUUCACAAAGCAGGAUUUAAGCAUGUAUACAACAUGGAAGGUGGGUAUCUUGCUUGGGUAGAGAAUGCUCUACCUGUUAUGGCAGUGUUGACAUCCAAAGUUCAAGAGCUUUGA